UUGAGUCCUUUCGUUCAGUAGCACGUUCGCCUCGUUGCUUGUUAGGUGCGGAAUUUUCAAAUAAUUUUGAGUCACAGGCGGAUUUUUGAACGCUCAGCAAUGGCUGGUACCAGCGGAGAAACUGUGGAAAGUCCAGCAACUUCUCCGAGACAACAAGCGAAUAGAAAGCCCUCGCGAAAUCGUCUUUCUUGUCAAGUCACUCUUCUUGAUGGAACGGUUUUGACUACCGAUCACCUACAAAAAAGUGCUAAGGGUAUGGACCUGAUGCACUGGGUAACAACACAUCUAAACAUUGCAGAGAAGGAGUAUUUCGGACUUCUGUGGGAAGACAAAACAGGAGAAAAGUACUGGUUAGAUCCUCAGAAGAAAAUAACAACUCAACUAAAAGGUUGUCAGCCAAACUUUGCCUUUGCUGUUAAGUUCUACGAGCCAUAUCCUUCACAGAUCAAAACUGAUUACACCAGGUAUUUGAUGUGCAUGCAGUUGAGGGAUGAUGUAAACUCUGGGAGGUUGCCAUGUUCCUUUAGCAACCAGGCUGUACUUGGAUCAUACAUUGUGCAGGGUGAUGUUGGUGAUUAUGAAGCUCGCGAACAUGGAACUGACUACUUGGAUGGAAUGGUCUUUGCUCCUGACCAGACACAAGAACUACUGGACAAAGUUAGGGAACUUCACAAGCAAAAUAGGGGUCUCAGUCCAGAAGAAGCUGACUUGCAUUAUUUAAAGGUGGCAGCAGCUAAACUUGUCAUGUUUGGUGUUGAUGCACAUCCAGCAAGGGAACAAGAUGGCGCUGAAAUACUCAUUGGUGUCUCUCAUGAUGGUGUUGCUACUUACAGAGACAGACUGGUGGUCAAUAAAAUACCAUG